AUCAUGAGGAAGCUGGCCAUCGCGGCGUGAGAAACAAAUUAAACAAUACCGUGACAGCCUGCUCGGCUCCGCAAUUAAGCGGUUUGUAAUGAGUGAAUACCUGAUAGAGAUGACAUGAAACAAGUCACUUUGUGGUGGCACUGGACACAUGGAUUUUAGCGACGCCUACAGAUACUCUGGGCCAGUCCCGGCUUUCUCACCCGAUGGACGCUUCGUGGCGAGCGUCGCGGAGUAUCGCCUCAUCAUCCGUGAGGUUGAAACCAUGCGUGUGGUCCAGCUUUACUCAUGCCUGGACCGAGUUGACAGCAUCGAGUGGUCUGCCAACUCCAUCUACGUGCUCUGCGGCAUCUUCUCCCGGGGGACCAUCCAGGUAUGGUCCGUGGAGAGCUCCGAGUGGAGCUGUAAGAUCGACGAGGGCCCCGCGGGCGUGGCGGCGGUGCGAUGGAGCCCUGACGGCUGCAGCGUGCUGGUGGUGGCGGAGUUCGCACUGAGGGUGACCGUGUGGUCGCUGACGGACCGCAAGUGCCGCUACCUACGGGGGCCGAAGCACGUGGACCGGGGGGUGGCCUUCAGCGCGGAUGGGGCGCACAUGGCGGUGCUGGAGCGAAGCGACAUGAAGGACUGGGCAAGCGUGUACGACACUCGCACCUGGUCUGAGGCUGCGCACUUCCAGUUGUCGACGUCGGACGCUGCGGACCUGGCCUGGUCCCCGGAGGGCUGCGUUCUGGCGGUCUGGGAUAGCUGCCUCAAAUACAAGGUGGUGUUGGUGAACCCGCGGAACGGCUCUCCGCUGGCGACCUACAGCGCGUACGACCACGAGGCGCUGGGGGUCAAGCUGUGUUCCUGGAGCCCCGCGGGUGAGCUGCUGGCGGUGGGCUCCUUCGACCGGUGCGCCCGCCUGCUGGACCACGUGACCUGGCAGCCGCUGCUGACUGCGGAGCACCCGCAGGCAGUGACGGCACCCGCGGGGGUGCUGGUGUUCCGGGAGGUGAGGGGCAGGGAGUUGGGGUGGGGGGCGGGGGAACCUGACGAACCGGCGGUCCCCGCUUCCCGCCUCCACGACCCGGCCGCCCGCUCAAGCUACGUGCUGGCAGACCUGCCCGCAUCCGUGCCCUUCGCAAAGCCAGCUCUGGACGCCCCAUCACCCAAGCUGGGAGUAGGUCGUUGCGCCUGGAGUGGUGAUGGUCGCUACCUGGCCACGUUGGAGGACAGCAGCGGUAAUGCCGUGUGGCUGUGGGACCUCACCGCCAUGGAGCUGGUGGCGGUGCUGCUGCACCUGGCGCCAGUGACGGACCUGGCGUGGGGGCCACGGGGCAGCACUCUGGCCCUGGUGACCGGCACCAACAAGGUCUUCCUGUGGACCCCCGGGGGGGCCACCAUAGCCAUGCUGCCGCUGCCCACCCUGCAGGCGUUUGGCUGCUGCUGGAAUAACACGGCCACCACUUUGCUGCUGCGCGGCCCAGAAGCCUUUUGCUGCUGCUACCUAACUGCAUAAUGCUUCGAUGCUGUGACACGAGAGACAAAGAGACAGGGAGAGAGAGAGAGGGGAAGAGAGAGAGGCGAAGAGAGAGAGGGGAAGAAAGAGAGAGACGACCCGCGGCACGGCACGGAGAUCUGGGCGCACCUGUAGAUACAUACAUCACGACACAUGGUGAUGAUGGCAUGCGACUUGAUGUGAGCUUGGGUGCACACACACACACACACAUACACACACAUACACCAUAAUCGUUCCGAUGUGCCGCUGCUCUUUGUCACGCCAUGCCAAUGAAUGAAGCAAGAACGCAACGGGAUGGUGAGGAAAGGAGCGAUUGAGUGAAACAAAUGCGGAGCUUUUAUGGGGGCGUGGUUGAGGCGGGUGGAAAUGGUUGGGUGCGAACGGGGUCUGUUAUCACGGCCGUCUCUCUGAGGGCCUUGUGCAGUGGAGUAUGGCUCUCAUUCCUGCGGCACUCUUCCGUGUGAAAGAGACAGUGUUUUGUAAUCCAAAAAGGCCUC